UCUGUCUCUCUGUCAGUGUCAUUCUGUAGUGGCGAUGUGGAGUGUCUUUCUGUCUCUCUGUCUGUGUUUCCAGCCUAAUUCAGCUGAGGACGUGAUGCUGCUGGACACAACAGAGUCUACCUCCGAGCUGGGCUGGACCACCUAUCCAGACACAGGGUGGGAUGAGGUCAGUGUCUUGGACGACAGAGGGAAGCUCAUACGAACCUUCGAGGUCUGCAAUGUCAACCAAAAUCCCCGUCAGCAGGACAACUGGCUGGCCACGCCCUUCCUGUACCGCCACUCUGCUCCACGGGUGUUUGUCACAUUGCGUUUCUCGGUGCGUGACUGUGCCAGCCUGCGAUCACCGUCUCCCUCCUGCCGAGAGACACUCACACUGUACUACAAACAGGCCGACUCUCAGAGAGAGCUGGAGAGGACCUGGGUAGCUGAGCCAUCCACCGGAGAGAAGGACACCAGGGAGGGCUGGGUGAAGGUUGACACCAUCGCAGCUGAUAAAAGUUUCUCCAAGGUAGAGCCCAGUUCACCUCACCAGUAUCAACCCAACAGAUACAAACGAAUCAACAUCAAGACACGCAGCUUUGCCCCGCUCACACGCAACGGAUUUGUCUUGGCAAUCGUCGACAGUGGAGCUUGUGUUUCCCUUAUGGGUGUCUCAAUCUUUUACCGUCGCUGUCCGGCCACCAGCCUCUACUUGGCAUCUUACCCGCCAACCCCCUCAGGAGCCGAGCCGACCGCCUUAGUCCCCGUGGGUGGGACAUGUGUCCCCAACAGUAAACCGCAGGGAGGCCCACCCCCUCGUAUGCACUGCAACGCUGAAGGCGAAUGGAUGGUUCCAGUGGGAGGAUGUGUCUGUGACGAAGGCUACGAGCAGAACCUCAAUGGAUCUGCCUGCUUGGCGUGUCCUGUGAGUUACUUCAAGUCUGUUGCGGGCUCUGUUCCCUGCUCAGUGUGUCCCCCUAACAGCAGAACCAGCCAGGAGGGAUCCAGGGUGUGUGAAUGUCGCAGCGGCUUUUACCGAGCAGCCAAUGAUGCCAACUCCUCUGCCUGCACAACUCCUCCAUCUGCGCCCAUCUCUCUGUCCUGGGAGUACGAGAGCGGGGACGGUGGCGUUUCCUUAAGGUGGCGCCCCCCUGUGGAUAUGGGAGGCCGCAGCGAGGUGUGGUACGGGGUAGUGUGUCGAAUCUGUCCCUCAGCCACUUUCACCAACCCGGCGUCGUGCUCCUGGUGCGGGGAGGGCGUCACUUUCAGCCCCUCUAAGACCAACCUCAAACAAACCAAGGUCACCCUCAACAACCUGCUGACAAGAGUGACUUAUCUCAUACAGGUGCAAGCCAUGAAUGAGGUGUCAGCUUUGAGCCCUUUUCCGGUUCGAUACACGAGCAUCAAUUUCACUACGAGCCAGUCAGUUCCCAGUACAGUUCCCAUGAUGCACCAGCUGAGCCGAGCCCCAGAAUCCAUCACUCUAUCGUGGCCUCAGCCUGACAGACCCAAUGGAGACAUCCUGGAGUACCAGCUUAGAUAUUUUGACAAGGGUUCAGACGUUGACAGUGCAGCGAGUGUUUACAGCGAGACCAACACGGUGACCGUCAGCUCUCUGAUCCCCGGUUCCAUCUAUGCUUUCCAGAUCAGAGCUCGAAAUGAGCGAGGCUUCGGCCCCUACAGCGACACCAUCUACUUCACCACACUGCCGCUGGAGGAACAUUCCCAGCAGAUCCAGAAUCGGCUUCCCCUGCUGGUCGGUUCGGUGAUGGGCGGAGCAGCAUUUCUCCUUGUGGUCGCAGCAAUUGUGGUUGUGGUGGUAUUUCGCAGCAAGAGGAGGGAGAGUCCUUACAGCGACCGGCUCCAGCGGUACAUCAGUAACCGAGGUGGAGUUAAAUAUUAUGUGGACCCCUCCACCUACGAAGAUCCCAGUGAGGCCGUCAAAGAGUUUGCCCGUGAGAUCGAUCCCACUCAUCUUAAGAUUGAGGAAGUGAUCGGUGCAGCCCAGUUUGGUGAGGUUUCUCGGGGCCGCUACCGUCCGCUGGGGCGCAGAGAGGUGCUGGUUGCUGUAAAGACUUUACGGUGGGGGGCGUCUGACAGAGAGAGGGGGAUGUUUCUGAGUGAAGCAGGAGUCCUGGGACAGUUUGACCAUCCAAACGUGCUGAAGUUGGAAGGGGUGAUCACUCGAACCCCCCCGGAGAGGAUCGUCACUGAGUUCAUGGAGAACGGGCCGCUAGACGCCUUCCUCAGGGAGAACGAGGGUCAGUUCAGUGUACUGCAGCUUGUCGGGAUGCUCCGGGGUAUUGGUGCAGGGAUGCGUUACCUCUCGGAGAGAAACUUUGUCCACAGGGACCUGGCUGCCAGGAACGUGCUAGUAAACUCCAACCUGGUCUGUAAAGUGUCCGACUUUGGCCUCUCUCGUCUCAUGAGGGGCCUGGACCACAACAUACCCACUUACACUGCCUCACUGGGCAGCAAGAUUCCUGUGCGGUGGACGGCACCAGAAGCCUUUCAGCAUCGCAAGUUCAGCUCGGCUAGUGACGUCUGGAGCUUCGGGAUUCUCAUGUGGGAAGUGAUGUCAUAUGGAGAGCGUCCAUACUGGGACAUGAGCAAUCAAGAAGUGAUGAAGGCCGUAGCGGACCAGUAUCGUCUUCCUGCCCCCCACAACUGCCCUGCUGCCCUCCACUCUCUAAUGCUUCAGUGCUGGCAGGCGGAUCGAGGGGACCGGCCAGCCUUCGACUCGGUCCUGUCCUCUUUGGACCGGCUCAUCAGGCACCCUGCCUCCCUCAAGGCUGAGCCAACACGAAGCUGCUCUCAGCCGCUGCUUAGCCCGACGCCCACAGACUUAACGGCAGUGGCAACAGUCAGUGAUUGGCUGAAGGCGCUGAGAAUGGAGAGAUAUCAGGACGAGUUCGAUCAGGCCAACCUGGACUCUUUAGACAGAGUCAGCAUGCUCACAAUGGAAGACGUCCAGAACCUUGGGGUGAGCCUGCUGGGACACCAGAGGAAGAUCUUCAAUGCAGCCCAGCAGCUCAGAGCCUAUCUGACGCAGGGACAGGUGGAGGUGUGAAAUCCACCCACAUCACACCCUGUGCCAUGGACUUCUGUGGUCUUCACAUUCCUCUGCUUGUUGUGUCUGGUUUCUGAAACAGUUGUAAGGAGCACAUUUAAAGCCAAAAAAAACAAAAACUUUUUAAGGAAACGCCUCGACUGCAACUCUUUGCAUUCU